CGGGAAAGUGGCAGAGCAUGAAGCAACACUAAAACACACUGAUUAUGCAGCUUUGGACCCCGAUGACAAGAGAAAACAAGGAGGAGGCAGCGUGCGGAGCAUCAAUCCCAGGCCAUCUGCAGCCCGCGCGCGCCGUGCCAAGAGUCUCCCGUGGAUGUGCCUGGCUGGCCAUCGCGGAUGGCAGAGACACACAGGAUCUGAAGAGAGCCGAUGAGCAGCUGACAGUGUUGGAGAACCCGAGCAGAAACGGGGAGCAGGUGUCGAGCUCCCGUUUCCAUUAUCCAGGUGCCGGACGCCGUGAUUGGACCGCAGGAUUUCUGAGAGAGAAAUGCAGUUCACUGACCGUGAAAACCGUUGAGGGCCAAGAGCCGGGCCACAGAGGCUUUAUGGAGACCUCAGGCCAAAAACAACACGCCAGCACACAAAAAAACAAGAGCUCUGGCUCUCUGUGCUUCUGGAUUUGGCUCCAAACCCCACCCUGGAAUGAUGAAAAAGCUCUUGGACGUGGCCUACAUCGCACCGUUCCAGGUUCCACUACGUGUUCCUCCUUGAAAACACAUCGGAUGACAUCAGGCAGCUCUGGGUUUGUGGAAAAUACAGCCUCUGCUGCCAUAAAGGCUUUUGGUGGGACGUUCCUCGGCAGCAGCUCAUCUCGUGGUGUAUUUUAUUCCAGCCGUAAUAGCAGAUUUUUUCAGUUGCCUCCGUCUCCUGGCGGGACUCCCGCGCUGCGCUGCACUUGCCAGACUUUGCAAUAAACAGCUGCAGCUUUGGGUAAAAAUAAUUACACUUCUGUCUGAGAAGAGGAGGGUGCAGCGUCUGCAGACCUCGGCCUCCACUCAAACCACAAGCACCGUAUUACUGCCAACUGAUGAGUUUCUGCUCGAGAAUCGGUUUGCAUCUCUAGGAGAAUUUUUAUUUUGUGUUGAAAGGAUGGAAAAAAUUAAGUUAAUUAAAGUCAGUCUUCAUUUACCUAGUGCUCUUUACCGUGCAAUGAAUGUGAUGGAGAUGUUUAGCAUAAAAUGUUUCAAUGCAAUAAAAGUGCAAGGUGAUUAAUACAACCAAACUCCAAAAAAAAAAAAAAUUAGUCUUAUGUCAUUUAC